CGAUCUCGCAACUCGGUCGUCUUAGAUCACUAGUUCUCUCUUUUAAUUCAAAUACGAUUUAGAAUUUAUUUUGUACGCUCCGUCGUGGUAUCUUCGAAUUUUUGGUUAAGAUUUUUUUGAAUACAAAAGGAUAUCGGAAAUAUAUCCUUUGAAACGAUACGAACUAUUAUUUUUGAAAGUUGUUGAAAACAAAAGUGUUUCUGAAGUUGAAGGAAGCAUUUGGGCUGAGAACAAAAAUUAACUUGACUUAAUACCAAACCCGAAUUGCAAAUUCUAGCCCCAAGCUCUCUCAAGUGCUUUUGAUUAUUUUCUUGAAGUAAAACUUUAAAAAACUUAAAGAAAAAUGCCGAAACCAGUAGCCAGCCAGGAGGAUGAUGAUCCAACCCCAUACUUGUUUGUUUCAUUGGAACAAAGACGUAUCGAUCAAUCGAAACCAUAUGACUCGAAGAAGAAUUGCUGGAUUCCCGAUGAGAAAGAGGGUUAUCUCUUGGGAGAAAUCAAGGCUACCAAGGGUGACAUUGUCAGCGUUGGUUUGCCCGGUGGAGAGACAAGGGAUCUUAAGAAAGAUCUGCUCCAACAAGUGAAUCCACCAAAAUACGAAAAAGCCGAAGAUAUGUCAAAUUUGACAUACCUUAACGAUGCCUCUGUUUUGCAUAACUUGAGGCAGAGAUACUACCAUAAGUUGAUUUACACAUACUCAGGUCUUUUCUGUGUUGCCAUCAAUCCUUACAAGCGUUACCCCGUAUAUACCAACCGUUGUGCCAAAAUGUACCGUGGCAAGCGUCGUAAUGAAGUGCCACCCCAUAUUUUCGCCAUUUCUGAUGGUGCCUACGUCGCCAUGUUAACCGACCACGUCAAUCAAUCUAUGUUGAUUACUGGAGAGUCUGGUGCCGGAAAGACUGAAAACACGAAGAAGGUAAUUGCCUACUUCGCCACUGUUGGUGCCUCAAAGAAGGAUGAAUCUCAAAAGAACAAGGGUUCACUUGAAGAUCAAGUUGUCCAAACUAACCCUGUGCUUGAAGCCUUUGGUAACGCUAAGACCGUCCGUAACGAUAACUCUUCUCGUUUCGGUAAGUUCAUCCGUAUUCAUUUUGGACCAACUGGUAAACUUGCUGGUGCUGAUAUUGAGACUUAUCUAUUGGAAAAGGCUCGUGUCAUCUCUCAACAAUCUUUGGAACGUUCUUACCAUAUUUUCUACCAGAUCAUGUCUGGUUCCGUAGCCGGUGUAAAAGCCAUGUGCUUCCUGUCAGACAAUAUUUACGAUUACUAUAACGUAUCGCAAGGUAAAAUCACUGUACCAAACAUGGAUGACGGUGAGGAAUUCUCAUUGACAGAUCAAGCCUUCGAUAUCUUGGGUUUCACCAAACAAGAAAAGGAAGAUGUCUACAGGAUUACCGCCGCUGUCAUGCAUAUGGGUGGCAUGAAAUUCAAGCAAAGGGGUCGCGAAGAACAGGCUGAGCAAGAUGGUCAAGAAGAAGGUGAACGUGUUGCUAAGCUGUUGGGUUGUGAUGUGACUGAUUUGUACAAGAACUUGUUGAAACCACGUAUUAAGGUCGGUAACGAAUUCGUCACCCAAGGUCGUAACGUCCAACAAGUAACCAACUCCAUUGGUGCCUUGUGUAAGGGUGUUUUCGAUCGUCUCUUCAAAUGGUUGGUCAAGAAGUGUAACGAAACUUUGGACACAAAACAAAAACGCCAGCACUUCAUUGGUGUACUGGAUAUUGCUGGUUUCGAAAUUUUCGACUACAACGGUUUCGAACAAUUGUGUAUCAAUUUCACCAAUGAAAAAUUGCAACAAUUUUUCAACCAUCACAUGUUCGUCUUGGAACAAGAAGAAUACAAGAGAGAAGGUAUCAACUGGGCGUUUAUCGAUUUUGGUAUGGAUUUGCUGGCCUGUAUUGAUCUCAUUGAAAAGCCUAUGGGUAUCUUGUCCAUCCUUGAAGAAGAAUCUAUGUUCCCCAAGGCCACCGAUCAAACAUUCGCUGAAAAGUUGACCAACACCCAUUUGGGUAAGUCAGCUCCAUUCCAGAAACCAAAACCACCAAAGCCCGGUCAACAAGCUGCUCACUUCGCUAUUGGCCAUUAUGCUGGUUGUGUAUCAUACAACAUCACCGGUUGGUUGGAGAAGAACAAGGAUCCCUUGAACGACACCGUUGUUGACCAGUUCAAGAAAUCUGGCAACAAGUUGUUGAUUGAAAUCUUCGCUGAUCAUCCAGGUCAAUCUGGUGGCGGUGAACAAGCCAAGGGAGGUCGUGGUAAGAAGGGUGGUGGUUUCGCUACUGUCUCUUCAGCCUACAAAGAACAGUUGAACAGCUUGAUGACAACAUUGCGCUCAACACAACCUCACUUUGUGCGUUGUAUUAUUCCCAAUGAAAUGAAACAACCUGGUGUUGUAGAUGCUCAUUUGGUUAUGCAUCAAUUGACAUGUAACGGUGUACUUGAAGGUAUCCGUAUUUGUCGUAAAGGUUUCCCCAACAGGAUGAACUACCCUGAUUUCAAAAUGCGCUACAUGAUUUUGGCACCAGCACUUAUGGUAGCUGAAAAACAACCAAAGAAUGCUGCCGCCAAAUGUUUGGAAAGUGUCGGAUUGGAUCCUGAUAUGUACCGUAUUGGUCACACUAAGGUGUUCUUCCGUGCUGGUGUCCUGGGUCAAAUGGAAGAGUUCCGUGAUGAACGUCUUGGCAAGAUCAUGUCCUGGAUGCAAGGUUGGGCCCGUGGUUACUUGGCUCGUAAGGGCUUCAAGAAACUACAAGAGCAACGUAUUGCCCUUAAGGUUGUCCAACGUAACUUGCGUAAAUACUUGCAAUUGCGCACAUGGCCAUGGUACAAAUUGUGGCAGAAGGUCAAGCCCCUCCUUAACGUCAGCCGCGUUGAAGAUGAAAUUGCUAGACUCGAAGAGAAGGCAAAGAAGGCUGAAGAAGCUUUGGGAGCUGAAGUUAAGGUCCGCAAGGAGUUGGAAGGCCUCAACGCUAAGUUGUUGGCUGAAAAGACUGCUCUUUUGGAUUCCUUGUCAGGUGAAAAGGGAGCCCUUUCAGAUUUCCAAGAAAGGUGUGCCAAGCUCACUGCCCAAAAGAACGACCUCGAAAACCAAUUGCGCGACAUUCAAGAACGUUUGUCUCAAGAGGAAGAUGCCCGCAACCAACUUUUCCAACAAAAGAAGAAGGCAGAUCAAGAGAUCUCCGGCUUGAAGAAGGAUAUUGAAGAUUUGGAAUUGUCCACCCAAAAGGGAGAACAAGACAAGGCCACCAAGGAUCAUCAAAUCCGCAGCUUGAACGAUGAAAUCGCUCACCAAGAUGAACUCAUCAACAAGUUGAACAAAGAAAAGAAAAUGCAAGGAGAGACAAACCAAAAGACUGGUGAAGAACUCCAAGCUGCCGAAGACAAGAUCAACCAUUUGAACAAGGUUAAGGCUAAGUUGGAACAAACUUUGGACGAACUCGAAGAUUCAUUGGAACGUGAGAAGAAAUUGCGUGGUGAUGUUGAGAAAUCCAAGCGUAAGGUUGAAGGUGACUUGAAAUUGACACAAGAAGCCGUAUCAGACUUGGAACGCAACAAGAAGGAAUUGGAACAAACUAUUCAACGCAAGGACAAGGAACUCUCAUCAUUGACAGCUAAAUUGGAAGAUGAACAAUCAGUUGUUGGUAAAUUGCAAAGGCAAAUCAAGGAAUUGCAAGCACGCAUCGAAGAAUUGGAAGAAGAAGUCGAAGCUGAGCGUCAAGCUCGUGCUAAGGCCGAGAAACAACGUGCUGAUUUGGCUCGCGAAUUGGAGGAAUUGGGCGAACGUCUUGAGGAAGCCGGUGGUGCUACAUCAGCUCAAAUUGAAUUGAACAAGAAACGUGAAGCUGAAUUGAGCAAAUUGCGUCGUGACUUGGAAGAAGCUAACAUUCAACACGAAUCGACAUUGGCUAACUUGCGCAAGAAGCACAACGACUCUGUUGCUGAAAUGGCUGAACAAGUUGACCAAUUGAACAAAUUGAAGGCUAAGGCUGAACACGAUCGCCAGACCUGCCAUAAUGAGUUGAACCAAACUCGUGCCGCUUGUGAUCAACUUGCUCGCGAAAAGGCUGCCCAAGAAAAGAUUGCCAAGCAAUUGCAACACACUCUCAACGAAGUUCAAUCGAAAUUGGAUGAAACCAACAGGACCCUCAACGAUUUCGAUGCCUCAAAGAAGAAGCUCUCCAUCGAGAACUCCGACUUGUUGCGCCAAUUGGAAGAAGCCGAAUCACAAGUAUCACAAUUGUCCAAGAUCAAGAUUUCUCUCACCACACAACUCGAAGAUACCAAGAGAUUGGCCGAUGAGGAAGGACGUGAACGCGCUACACUUUUGGGUAAAUUCCGUAACUUGGAACACGAUUUGGAUAACCUCCGCGAGCAAGUUGAAGAGGAAGCUGAAGGCAAGGCUGAUUUGCAACGUCAACUCAGCAAGGCCAACGCCGAAUCACAAAUCUGGCGCAGCAAAUACGAAUCCGAUGGUGUUGCCCGCUCUGAAGAAUUGGAAGAAGCCAAGAGGAAGCUCCAAGCUCGUUUGGCCGAAGCCGAGGAAACUAUCGAAUCACUCAACCAGAAAUGUGUUGCUCUCGAGAAGACCAAACAACGCCUGUCCACCGAAGUCGAAGACUUGCAAUUGGAAGUUGACCGUGCCAGCGCUAUUGCUAAUGCUGCUGAGAAGAAACAGAAGGCAUUCGACAAGAUCAUUGGAGAAUGGAAACUCAAGGUCGACGAUUUGGCCGCCGAAUUGGAUGCUUCACAAAAGGAAUGCCGCAACUACUCCACCGAAUUGUUCCGUCUCAAGGGUGCCUACGAAGAAGGCCAGGAACAACUUGAAGCCGUCCGUCGUGAAAACAAGAAUCUCGCCGAUGAAGUCAAGGACCUCUUGGACCAAAUUGGUGAGGGUGGCCGCAACAUCCAUGAAAUUGAAAAGGCACGCAAACGUCUUGAAGCUGAAAAGGAUGAACUCCAAGCAGCUCUUGAAGAAGCUGAAGCCGCUUUGGAACAAGAAGAAAACAAGGUUCUCCGUGCUCAACUUGAAUUGUCUCAAGUACGUCAAGAAAUUGACCGCCGCAUCCAAGAGAAGGAGGAAGAAUUCGAAAACACCCGCAAGAACCACCAACGCGCACUUGACUCCAUGCAAGCUUCCCUUGAAGCUGAAGCCAAGGGUAAGGCUGAGGCGCUUCGCAUGAAGAAGAAGUUGGAAGCUGACAUCAACGAACUCGAAAUUGCUUUGGAUCAUGCCAACAAGGCUAACGCCGAGGCCCAAAAGAACAUCAAACGCUACCAACAACAACUCAAGGACAUCCAAACUGCCCUCGAGGAAGAACAACGUGCACGUGAUGAUGCCCGCGAACAACUUGGAAUCUCCGAACGUCGCGCAAACGCCCUCCAAAACGAGCUCGAAGAAUCUCGUACAUUGCUCGAACAAGCCGACCGCGGCCGCAGACAAGCCGAACAAGAAUUGGCCGAUGCUCAUGAACAACUCAAUGAAAUUUCAGCUCAAAACGCAUCCAUUUCCGCUGCCAAGAGGAAGUUGGAAUCCGAACUCCAGACACUCCACUCCGAUUUGGAUGAACUUUUGAAUGAAGCCAAGAACUCCGAAGAGAAGGCCAAGAAGGCCAUGGUUGAUGCUGCCCGCCUUGCUGAUGAACUCCGCGCUGAACAAGAUCACGCACAAACACAAGAGAAACUCAGGAAAGCACUUGAACAACAAAUCAAGGAAUUGCAAGUCCGAUUAGAUGAAGCUGAAGCUAAUGCCCUUAAGGGUGGCAAGAAGGCCAUUCAAAAAUUGGAACAACGUGUCCGCGAAUUGGAGAAUGAAUUAGAUGGUGAACAAAGGAGACACGCUGAUGCCCAAAAGAACCUCCGCAAAUCAGAGCGUCGCAUUAAGGAAUUGUCCUUCCAGUCCGAAGAGGACCGCAAGAACCACGAACGCAUGCAAGACUUGGUAGACAAAUUGCAACAGAAGAUUAAGACAUACAAGAGGCAGAUCGAAGAAGCCGAAGAGAUUGCCGCCUUGAACUUGGCCAAAUUCCGUAAAGCCCAACAAGAAUUGGAAGAAGCCGAAGAACGUGCCGAUUUGGCCGAACAAGCAAUCAGCAAAUUCCGUGCAAAGGGACGUGCUGGUUCAGUCGGUCGUGGAGGAAGCCCAGCGCUAACAACGCCUAAGAGUGGCCGCAAGAGUGCGCUGGAACUAUAAAUAACUCACUCAAAAAAUCAUUCAACACUCUUUCUCUUUCAUUACAUUUCCCCGAGCGUCCGUUAGGCCACAACUCGACGGAUUGGCUUUCCCACCCAGAUUCGACCUUGCUCCUGAAAACGAAUUUUAAAUGCCAUUUAAUUUAUUUAUAAUUAAUUAAUUAUGUUAAUUUUAACAAAAAGAAAAAUAUUUGUAUGAUUAUUUUUUUUUUCUAGUAUUUUUCAAUUUUAAUUUUAUUUUGUUUUUGAAUAAAGUAACUUCGAACGACGGGAAAACCAAAACAAAAACUAACAAUUUUGUAUGCACUUAAAGCAAACGACAUUUACAAAUCAAAAAAUAAAACGUUUUCGUUGACAAAAGAGGUUAUUUUACCUA